AAGAGAAAGUACUUUUCUUUCCAGAGAGCUGGAGAGAGAAUCCACCGGAACUGCCCACUGCUGAGUUGUCACUGUGGAGAUGGAGCUGAAGAUCUCCAGGGAGGAAGAGGGCGAAUGAGGGAGUUGACGGAUGAACUGAAGAUAGCCCAGGGAGACGAGAUUGGGAAGCAGAUGUAAGGACAGCACACGGCAACGCGAAGAAGAGCAUGGUCUGGCUGCAUUCGACCUCAUGGGAAGAAGAAUCAGCACUGAGGACACUGCACACCACCUCAAUCACGAGCCAGCCAUUCUCCAAGAGUAUCUCAACCACGCAGAAACCAUUCUGGCGAUUGCUCGAAAUGACAAAUACUGGCUGCGUUGGGCUGGACACUGCAAGAAGGCGUACUUCCAGGUAGUCCAUGCAGCCGUCCAGGAUAUCACAAUCCCUGUCUCUGUGCUGGUUUUUAACCUGUCUGAAGCAUACUUUAUCCAGACACAAGGCCACGAAAGCAACCCUACCAGACCCUCGACUGAGCUCGCGCAUUUACUGGCCAAGUCCACACGGCCAGACUUGGCAACCUGGAUGGAUCGGUUGCUCAAGUCGCUGCUGGCCUCGGGGUUGGCGGGUUACGACCAACAUAACCCGCUUUAUAUCCUCACAGGCAAGCAAAGCCGCAAGUUUGGCGUCGAGCAGGGUUCCUCCUGGGCGUUGGCUGGUGCCGUGGGACUAGAAAAUGUCAAAGUCAGCCAUGAUAUCCUCAUGGAAGAGGUCAAAAGGGUGUUUCUGGCGGCGCUGAUUGAGAAGUAUCAAUGA